UACCGAGUCGCCACUGUUUGAACUGUAAAGGCAAAUCUUGCUAAACACGAAGUCUGUUGGGGCUAGCUCAAUGACGUCAAAUGAGUGAACGGUCUGAGUUGAUUGAGUGACUGAGCUAGUGACUGUCACUCGACUCAGUCACUCAGUCACUCAGUCGUGUUCCCAUCCAAAGAUCCAUCGCAUCCUCACAAGAAAAAUCUUCGGUUGGAUGCCACAAUACCCAACAACUCUCUGUCAAAGUAGAAGUCAGAACACCCAACAAAACAAUGGCAGUCUUCUCGUUGCUAGUUCCCCUUGUUGUUCUGGCGUUAUCGGUUGUAUUGGGGUAUCUGGCACAGCAACAAGAGUCUCCGCCACCCUUGACAACAGCACCGUGUACCAACGAUGAAUGGUUGAGUGUAUCACUGGAUCCUGCCGUGGAAGGUUGGAUGGCGUCGGGUAGCAAUAAGCUGCCAUUGUUGGAUCCUUGUCACGUCUUUUCCGAAACCUACGUGGAAUCACGACGAAAAUUCCGACAAGCUGCCUCCAAGGUGGGAGCCGAAUGGCAUCGGUUACCCAUUGCCAUCCCUCCGUCGCUGCAGGUGGAUGGAUUCUUAGCAGGAACAGAUGACGAUGACACGGAAUACACCAUUGAUAUUGCCGUUUUGUACGGCACCAAACCUGGAUUGGCCGUUCAUACGGCGGGAGUUCAUGGCGUGGAAGGAUACGCCGGAGCUCCCAUUCAGAUUGCUUUUUUGGAGUCCAUUUAUCCUCUGCUCAAGCAACAAGAAUUGCCCACGAUGGUGCUAAUUCACGCCGUCAAUCCAUUUGGUAUGGCACAUUAUCGCAGAUUCAAUGAAAACAAUGUCGAUUUAAAUCGCAAUGGACUCCAUCCGGAAGAAUGGAAACAACUAUUGCACAGCAUUUCAACCACUUCCCAUCAAGACACACCCUAUGCGCAAUUCCAUACACUCUUCAAUCCCAAGGGACCACCCAAUUGGCUUUAUGCCACCGUUACCCUCUUAGCACACGCCAUUCAACAGCUUGCAAUCCACGGAUUUUUUACCUUGAAAGCUGCCUUGGUCACGGGACAAUACUACGAUCCCAAGGGUAUCUUUUAUGGUGGCAACGAAUUGCAGCCAUCGUUGCGUGUUCUGUACGACUUUUUUCAAGAGACACUCUUGGCAGAAAAAGAGCAACAAUCCACAACUGAAGCAGAUGAUGAUACUGAUGGAGAAGAAGCAACAAAAACAAAUGCAAAAUGCUGCACGGGUACCGUCACUUGGAUCGAUGUCCACACAGGCUUGGGCCCCUCGGGGUCGGAUUCCCUGGUUGUCGACAAGGAAUCCAUGUCAGUGGUAGAACAGCAAGCUCCCAUUUGGUUUCCGGGAGCACACAUGCCUCACCUCUCCGAACAGGCUCAAGACGUCAACAAAGGGUACGAAGACGCCAUGGGCUUUACUCCCUGCUUGUUUCGACGGCUGUUUGCACCAGAGCAAAACUACUGUGCGGCGGCACAAGAAUUUGGAACGGUUCCGGGUCUACUGGUGGCGCAUUCUCUGAUUUUGGAAAAUCGAGCCUUUCAUCACGUGGCGUCGCGUCAAGAAGCCUUGCAAUGGGCUCAGAGCACCACCAAACGAGCCUUUUACAAGCAAACACCCACGUGGAGACGACAAAUACUGGAUCGAGGAAUGCAACUGUGGCUGCAAGCCAUACGGAGAUCCGCUCUGGCUGAUGAUUAGAUUGGAAUGCCGCGGUGAGAUAGAUAGAUAUAAAACCCUCCAGCAGGGGUGCUAUUAUUGCUGCUGGUAAAGGCUAGGUACCUCGCUAGAGGUAGUAGUGCUGAAAGAAGAAACAGAUACAUUUCUAGGUGCACGGUUGGUAGCAAGCGUUGUUAUGUAUCUACUAGCUAGUAUCUAUCUAAGCUGUUUUCUUGGCUUUCUUGGUUCCUCGCAUGAGCACAUUCCUUCGAAUCCAGAUGGCCAGAUCCAUGACUGGCAUCAGACAGGUCUUCCAGAACGGAUUGUUCAAGUGAAAGACUUCUACCAAAUGGAGUUUGUUUUGAUCGCAUUGAAAAUGAAGCAUGACCACAUCCAACCCCACCAAUCGAAAUUGAUAUUCAAAGCGUCGUUUCAAUUGGAGCGAUGUCGCAUUGGUGUGUUGUUUGCAAUGUUCUAGAAUGUAGUCGUCCACUUGGAGGUGUUCAUUGUACUGCGAUGUGAGUGAUGCAGCGUUGGCUUCUUCUUGCUGAUCCUGUGGGAUUUCGGUCGCCAUGCGAAAUACCGUUUGUUUCAGCAGGGUACUCAAUCCAGUGAGCGACAGCAGCACCAAGAGGUAAUAGGAUAAUGGUGUCAGGACUCCCUUGCCGGAAUAUUCAUAGUUCUGAAAGGUAUCUCGUGUAUAAGAGGAGGGCAUGAACAAGAUGGUUCCGCCUUGAAAGGCAUCGCAGCAUCGAGAUGCCGUGGUGGGACUGCAGAGCAUUCCAUGAUAGUGUGUGAAUUCGUGGAGUUUCGAAUUGGCACUCGCAGGACUUGCAGGAACAGAGGUGGUGGCAAAUGCUGUAGUGGGCGACUUCAUGGUUUUUGUUUGUUAAUGAUGAUCUGUCCAACUUUCUCUCUUUAUGAUAAAAAUAUUCACCGUUUGGUCUGCUCUUUCAACAAAGACUUGCCCUCGAUGCCGUUGCUGUGCAGCUCUCGGAAUUCGGCAUGGGAUCGAAGAGCGAGUGUCCAUCGUUGGUGCCAAUCGCCUUGGAUUACAAAUUAACCCGCAGUCUGAGCUAACCGUUGGCUAUUUAGGAUCUUUUGGAUCUUUCGACAGUAUCCCUCACUUUACUGUAUGACGAGGUCUGGAUGAUGGAUAAAAAUGUAGCCUGAAGCCGUGUCAGCUUUGACGCUGGGGGG